GUUUCAGGGUCGUCCUCUCCGGUAAACGGAAGUCUCGGCAUUUUCUGUCCUUCGCCGCCGCCCCCGGGUCCGCAGUCGUCAGCGGCGCGCCCCGGGCCCACCGCCCUUCCAGCCCUCACCUGCGCCGCGGAGGAAGGGGGCAGAGAUUGUAACUGUGAAAACUAUAAACUGACUACAAACUGCACUAAGAUCGGGAAUGAAUGCCAGUGUACUUCAAUUGGUUCACAAACUACCGUCAUCUGCUCAAAACUGGCUGCCAAAUGUUUGGUGAUGAAGGCAGAAAUGACUGGCUCAAAGUCUGGGAGGAGAGUGAAACCUGAGGGAGCUAUCCAGAAUAACGACGGGCUCUAUGACCCUGACUGUGAUGACAAAGGGCUCUUUAAAGCCAAGCAGUGCAAUGGCACCUCCACCUGCUGGUGUGUGAACACUGCCGGAGUCAGAAGAACCGAUAAGGACAGUGAAAUAAUCUGCUCUGAAACUGUGAGAACCUUCUGGAUCAUGAUUGAAUUAAAACACAAAGCAAGAGAAAAACCCUUUGAUCUAGAAAGUUUGAGGACUGCAUUCAAGGAGGUAAUCUCAACUCGUUAUCAACUGGAUCAAAAAUAUAUCACAAAUAUUGAGUAUGAGAAUGAUGUUAUCACUAUUGACCUGAUGCAAAAUGCUUCUCAAAAAACUCAUGGUGAGGUGGAUAUCGUUGAUGUGGCUUAUUACAUUGAAAAAGAUGUUAAAGAUGAAUCUUUGUUCCUUUCCAAAAAAUUGGACCUAAAAGUAAAUGGAGAACAACUAGAUCUGGAUGCUAGUAAAGCUUUCAUUUACUAUAUAGAUGAAAAACCACCAGAAUUCACAAUGCAGGGUCUACAGGCUGGUAUUAUUGCUGUCAUUGUAGUUGUGACUGUAGCAGUUAUUGCAGGAAUUGUUGUGCUGGUGAGUAUAGAGCAAGUAAAAUUUCAUUUAAAGAUAAGGUGAUGGUAUGAAAAGUCU